AUGGACAUGAUUGUCUUCCGCAAGAUCAGCGACGUGAAACGCGAGGAGGAGGAGAAGCUGAAGAGGAAAGACGAAGCUCCCCUGAACCUUCCGCCGGACCAUCCAGUCCGGCGACUCUUCCAGCGCUUCCGGCAGCAGAGGGAAGCUCGACUUGCGGCCGAGCGGGCGGGUCAGGUCGCCGCUGAUGUGGAGAAAGGGGCCCCUCACGCGGACCCCAGAGGUCCGCAGAUACUGGCCUCUACCAGUAUCGUCAUGGUCGCCGAGAGCUCGGCCGUACCCACCACCUCCGUGGCAUCCUGCUCGUCCGGAGCUUCCAGCAGGGUCAUGCUUAACAACGCCGUUGUCGCCCAAAAUGGCAACCUGACCGGCUGCAAAUCCGCCGAGCCCUCAAAGGCCAAAGGCUGGGGGCGGUUCAAGGACUCGGUGGUGAAAGCCGAAUCCUGGAGCAGGGUCUCCAAGGCCGAGUCCAUGGAGACGCUGCCCGACAGAACUAAGUCUCACGAUGAGAUGUCUCUAAAGAAAACGGACUCCUGCGACAGCGGCAUCACGAAGAGCGACCUCCGCUUGGACAACGCCGGCGACGCCAAGACGCCGCAGGAACGGAGCCCCGUCCAGUCCGGGGAAAAGACUAUUUUCUGUCCCAUCCCGGAACAGAGCAUGCAAGCCUCUUUCCUUGAGCUGAAGCAGGAGUUAAAGAGCGACAUUGGAUCUCUUAACAGUCGCAUGGCAGCGCUGGAGACCCAGCUCGCAGAACUACUCCAGCUUCUCAAAUCUAGAAAGGCGUCUGACUCCGUUAUUGGAAUCUCUCGGCCUCCUUCGCCCGACUCCGAUAAGGACAGCGCCGCUUAA